GGAGGAGGAAGAUGAAACUGGAAGAAAGUAGGAAAAGGAGGAGAAGAAGAAGAAGUGGCUGAAAAAAAAAAAAAACAACACGGGCACUUGGCUGUCUGUUAACAAACAAGGUUACACACUUAUCUGAGAGGUGAGGCAUGGUGAAUGAUGUGAAUUGUACCAAAGUCUUUUGAACCUGUAUGUGGCUGCUGAUAUGGUGGACCUGAGUCUGGCCCUUGGUAUUCCCCAGUCUCGCAGUUUUAUAAGAGUCUGGGGAAAAUGUCGCAGAUUAUGGAUCUAGGACAUUCUCUGCGAUGAGAUUGAAAUUUCACAGCACUUGAAUCAAACUGCUGUAAGUAACAUGGAAAGAGAAGCAGGCCUGAAGGAGAUGGCCGGAGUGACAGAGGCUGAGGAGGAGAUCCCUGAAGGUGAAUCCCUGAAGUUGGCUCAGUGGGAGCCUGACCUUGAGCAAGAGGACAAAACAGCCUAUCUUAACUCUCAGGACACCAUAAAUCCAGCCACUACACAUGACUCUGGGAUUGGAGACGCAGAGUAUUGUGGAUCUACAGAGGCCAAAGAGGAUACUGAGGAGGCCUCAGAUGGGUUCGAUCAUGAAAGUAGUGCAGAUCACGAGAACUUCCAUGUUAUAAAUCAAGAAGAGGAUGAAGCUGCAAAAGAGCAGCACAUGAAUGGAGAGUCUGGUUGGAGGAGCACAGGAUCAGGGAGGAAAUGCAAACUAAGAAGCAGCGGAUCAUUUUCAGAGCAGAGCAGUCAAAGUGCAUUUUCCUCGUUUCAUAGAGGAAAUGUUAUGUCAGGUGGAGGCCGACACAAGCAAACCCGCCGGCGCAAUCACCACCAUCAUCAGCAAAACCGAGGCAGAAGGCGGACAGGCAACCAGCUCAUCAUGGCUUUCAAGGAGAUGCUGUCAGAGUCUGUGAGCUUCUGGUGCAUCUCCUGUGUCCACAUGUUGAUUGAGAUUAUUGUCACAUUAACUCACAACUGUGGAGUCGGUGUGGAAACUGGAGGUAUAAAACUUUAUCAUUUUGGUCAGCAGCUUGUCAAUAAGAUGACGGAUAUUGCAGGAAUGAAGGCAGAUGCUAGUCGGUUUGUAAAAUGGACAAAAAGCACGGGAAAAGAUCUAGUUGAUAAAACUGUGAGGUCUGCAAAGUGGGUAAAGACAGCUUCCUUUUCUUGUAUGAGACUUUUUUGUGCUUUGGUUAUUCUCGGCUCCCAGUGGGCAAAGGGUGUGUUUGUCCGCCUCACCGGUGAGAGGGGAAAGCGCUAUUUGACAGCUUUUCAGGAGUCAAAGUUUUGGAAGAGGGUGCUGUCUCUGCUGGAGAGAGUUCGCAGCAGGUUCAGAAGGGAAGGACAUGUACCACCAAUGAGUCCUGAGUCACCAGGCAGAGCAGGGAGAGGACAGCCAGGCCAGGAGCUGGAGAGACUGCUGGCCUUAGCUGAGGUACCUGAAGAUGAGCUGGACCCCUUUACAGUGCUCGGUGUGGAGGUACACGCCACUGAAGCAGAGCUGAAGAAGGCCUACAGACAGCUGGCUGUCCAGGUGCAUCCAGACAAGAAUAAACACCCACGAGCUGGAGAGGCGUUCAAAGUGCUGAGGGCUGCCUGGGAUAUUGUCAGUAACCCAGAGACACGACGAGAGUAUGAGCUGAAACGCAUGGCAGCGACCGAGCUCUCAAAGUCCAUGAACGAGUUUCUCACUAAGCUGCAGGAUGACCUGAAGGAGGCCAUGAACACAAUGAUGUGCACCAAGUGUGAAGGCAAACACAAGCGGUUCGAGAUGGAUCGUGAACCUGCAGAGGCCCGUUUCUGUGCUGAAUGCAACCGUUGCCAUAGCGCUGAGGAGGGGGAUUUGUGGGCCGAAUCCAGCAUGCUGGGCCUGCGUAUCACGUACUUCGCUUGCAUGGAUGGCAAGGUGUAUGAUAUAACAGAGUGGGCUGGCUGCCAGAGGAUAGGCAUCUCUCCUGACACACACCGAGUGCCCUAUCACAUCUCCUUUGGUUCAAAAAACAGCAGCAGCUCCACACGAAACAGGACGCCCUCAGAGCAGCCUCAAGGUCCCACCAACCCUGCAGACCUGCAGGACUUCUUCAACCGCAUCUUCAAGGGAGCACCUCCUAAUGACAUGGCUGCCAACGGGGGCUUCUUCCCCUCAGGACCAACCCAACACCACCCACCCGGUGCUGGAGCACCCCCCUUCUCCCCUCCCGCAGGUCAGACCGGUUUCUUCAUGCCGGGGAGUCACCGGCCAGAGUCCAGUGAGACAUGGGCUGACAGUGGUAAACCCCCGAGGAGGAGGAAGAAGGUUCGCAAACCCUUCCAGAGGUGAAGUGUUCAGACCUCUUAGUGUAACGUCACAACACAAGGACACAAUGAAUAAUGGCCAUGCUUGUCUCUCGACUGCCUGUUGGCAUGCCAGGACCUUAUCUGGAGGAGAUUCUUGUGUGUCAGGCUGCAGUCAGAUCAGCCAGAGCAGAGAGGUUCCUGAGGAGGAGCCUGCAAACUGAAUACAAGAACUGAAGGGGUUAAAGACAUGUAGGUCAUGGUGCUUUAUCUCUCAUUUCACCUUAUCUUUUGUUGGUCUUUAAGACGACUGUAGCCUUUGCAUUGAAGUCUUUAUCAGGAUGCUCUAAAAAAACAUUUUCCUCUCAUAAUUUCCUGCCAAAUCCUGCAAUGCAUGAUUUUUUUCACCUGCAUUUUAACACUUCAUUUAUUUUUUCUUUUUUUUUUUAUGAUUUGUACAAAGCUGAUAGUGUAAGGCUUACACAGAGUGAUGCUUGAAGAAAGGGUCAGAAUCAGUGUGACAGCAAUUUAUUGAUGACUGCAAUCAACAUGAAGAUAAACAUCCAUGCAGCUUCACUGUGUCUGUGUUACUCAUCUUAGUGGCAUGUGGGUGUAGAUUUGCACCUCGCCAACAAGAAAUCACGAAUGAAUCCAAACCAGCUCCACCCAACACAUCUGAACUACAUUUACGUAAGUAGUGCAUUGUAUGAUGGGAUUCUCUCGAAGUCUUCUAACCUCAGUCAGUGUCAUGAGUUCAGCCCACAGCAUCAGGGAUGCCCUGAAGCAGCUAGCAUCUAUUUUCUUCUCAUCUCUCAGAUGCAGAAUCCUACUGAAGUAGUAAAUUAGAAGUUUAUAUUCUCUUAGACUUCUGAUAGAUAACAUUUGUGUCCUCUGCCAGGGACACUUCCCAGCCUCCCGUGCGGUCGUUUUAGAUCAUGACAUGCCUGCCCACACAGGCGUUCUGGGCUGUGGCAAAUGAUGUCUGCGUAGUGCGCUAAUGCAACCUAUGUGCAGUAUUCACUGAGCUCGGUUUAGGUGUGAGUGCCUUCAGCUCAGUCAAGGUGAAUGCUGCCCUUGACCAGCUAUAGACUGAUGAUCCAAAUAUCCAGGUGAAUAGCAUGAUGACCCAGACUGCCCUUCGUGCUGGUCUGCUGAGCCCAGGGACUUUGUGGAGUGUCAAUGCUGUGCGCUCAUCUGUGUCAGAUCCGACAUAAGGGAUGCCCACAAACCGCUCUGAUGACAAGGGUCCUUAGGAUCAUCCCCUCAAGCAUCCAGGCCCAAGUGUAGGCAUUGUCCUCUAUGGAUCGGGGGUUUCAAGCCCUUCUAGUUUUCUACCUCGUAGUUGGUUGGACCAUGAUUCCGUGCGUGAUUCUCAGCAAUGGUUACACUACACUUCCCAUCAAGGUCCUUCUGCCUGAAGUCUGCCGUGUCUGAGUUAAGGACUGCAGUGAACUGAUUUAGUUGAAUGUCCUUAUACGCUAGAAGCCCUGAUAAAUCAUAUUCCGCUAUGGUACCCACCUCGACUGCCCUCUUGAUAAUUGUUUUUGUUGAUUCAACCAUGCCAGUAAGGGUCUGCCUUUCUCCAGUUGGGAGCAAGUCAAAUGUAGCGCGGGCUAGCCGUGGGAAGACACACUCCUGGUUUAGCAGGUACAUUGCCACUUCCUCAUCUUCCUCCUUGAAAUUCUCAUGGAAGAGCUCUGAGAUAAUGUGGUUUUGGGCCCCUUGAAGUACUGCAAUUUGAGUCAUCUGCUUGAGCUGGUUGGAAAGGCUCUUAGUCACAGGGAUAUUUAAAAAGUAAGGAUCUUGCGCUAAAUAUAUUCAGGUGCAAUCUGAAAGCCCGGUUCUUACCAACCGUUUCAGAUUGGCAGUAGUGCUAACUAAUGGGUCCCCAGUGUUACAUAAGAUGACCUUUGAAUGCAACCCGUACUGGAAACCUCCAACUUGGGCAGGCACCAAAAAUGCUGAUAUGAUCAAAGUGGGGUCAUCAUUGUACUUCAUGAAAGUUCUGUUGGCUACUAAGUCAUCAAUUCGGCACAGUACGCUGGUGAGAACUCUGUCAAAGUCAUGAAGUAUAAUGUUACCCAGUAAGCAAAUGGGUGUAAUCCUUGGCAUAGUGCCUUGUGUGUUGUGGAGAAUAUGGUUAAACAAGCACUACGCACGCCACCCAUGAUUGUUUCCAACAUGAUACAGAUUGCUUGCGAUAUCUGGCAACCGGUAUAGAAGAGUCUCUUGCUGUAUACAAAGAGCUCAAAUGAGAUCAGGGUUUCCUCAGGCUUCAGAGUCAGGCCAAGACCUUGAAGGGUAAGGCGAAAGCGCUUACCAAAAGCCUGCGCCAUCAAAAAGAUCUGAACCUUUUUCUCUCUUAUGCAGUUAAGAACUGAAUAUUACAUUGAACUAAGAGGUUGAAUAAGUGCCAUCAGAAUUCUAAUGUUUAUAAAGACUUUGCAGUGAUUUACUAGAAAACUGACCAGAGAAUCACACCCUACAGUGCCAAACCAAAAAGACAUACAUCUGUCUCUAGACCUUUAUGGUGGGGUGUUUUGGGCUCAUCGGUUGCAGACCUCAACAGUAGGGCUGAAAGUGACGUACUAACCCUUGUUGGGUUUUUCCUUAUUUUGUGGUGUUUAAUUUUAAUUUUAUCCCCCUCCUCCUUACCCUAACCCUAACAGCUCUUUGUUUUUCUUAGUUUAUUGUGAGUUAAAUUUGAAUGUAUUCCCUUCAGUAAAUUUUUUAUUUUUAUUCAUUAAAUUCUACUGUUGUGAAAAUGGUGACAUACUGUAACAUCUGACAGCAAGCGGAAAAUAUACGUUGUUCUGUUUCCGUCUUGGGUAAUGUACGGUGCUUCCCACCCCACGGUUGAGGUCGCCCCACCUUAGAGGUCUGCCGCCAGAUCCUCUUGAAAUGAAUGGUCUCUUUAGAGCUACUGAGAGGAGAGAGUGAAUUCUGGACCUAAACCAGUGAAAAUGAUAGAAGAGCUUUUUUUUGUUUUGAGAUAUCCUGAUUCAAACAUGCUAUUUUUCUGCUCUUUAUUUAAGCUCUUGAUAAUCGCAGCACAGGCUCAUGUCUAAUAGCAGAAGAGCUGAGCCCUUGCUGAACUGCUAUAAGUGACAACUUGACAUUUUGAAAUGUUGGUAUUAUUCUACCCCAAGGACCCUUAGCUGUCUGAAAUACUUAAUAGAUGUGAUCAACACCGGCCCUGUUUAGACUUAAUGUAAUCGACAGCAUGAAAAUGUUGGUCACAGUCUGAUUGAUUUACAAAGGGAGCGUUAGAGCACAGCAUGUACGACUUAACCUCCUUGAGACUUGUAUUCGAAAUCAGAAAUUGUGCUGUCUACAAGUACAAAAAAAGCCUGACCUGGUAGUGAACAAAGGAUGCUCACAACUUGAUUUGAAUCCCAUCAGUAUCAUUUGGGGUGAUCAUUACUGCCUUCACACUCCGCCUUUAAUGAGACAUCACUUCAAAACAUUUUGCAUCUGCAAAAUUUGCAAAAGGUUUAUUCAGCAUAGUUGGUAUGUUUUGUAGUUCUAACCGUUUUCAUCAGGGUCAAACUUAUUAAGUGCCAUUUUAUGCAAGCAACAAUGUUUUGGGAUAUGUUAAGCCAUAAUUUAAAUAGUGAUUUGUCAUGAUUCAUGCACCUCAGGACUACUCAGAAUAAAUAUCUAACACCAAACAGGAUUUGUUCAGUCAUGAUGCUACACUACAGAUUCUGUCCUGUCCUGGUUAUUACAAUCUUUCUAUACAUUGUUGUUUUCUUGUUUUCAGUACUUCUCUGCAAGCUCAGCUUUCAAAAUGUCAAAGUCACAGGUUCACAAAGGAAUAGUGUCUACAUUUAACAGCCGGUGUCCUUUCAGUCACUGCAGUAUUAUUGUUUGUAACAACAUGAAGGUGUCUCAAGAACAAUGCACGAUGGAGUUUUAGGUUUUGAUUUCUUAAAUAGAAAUUAGUUUAAUUUUUUUCUUUUUAUGAAAGGGUAAUUUAAGAAAACAGAAUGGUCAUUGUUUACUCCUGAUAUGUGAAAAUAGUGAAAUGGCUUUUAUGUGCUAUUAGACUAUUUGUAAAGGUUAUUUUUAUAUUGUCAGUUAAUGAGACAAAGUACCAUGCUCAUUGUUUUUUUGUUGAUUUUUGUGUUAAUUUGCACAUCCAUCCAGGUUGUAACAUCAGAGGGAUUGAACUCCUUCAGCUGCAGCUAAGUAGGAGGUGUAGCUCGCAAGGCUAUUGGCUUAUUUGCUAAUUAAGACCUUUUCUUUGGGAAUAAUUUGAAUGUUUAACAUAACAAAUCACAUUAAGAUUGCUUAACCAAGACGCUCUGGAGGAACUUGAAACCACAGGGCGGUUUUAUGGCGUUGAAAUUUCUAAUGUGGAUUUGUCUGGUAGCUUGAAAGAUGAAACUUUGUUGUGAGUUUUGUUUGAGCUCAUUGAAGCAGGACAUGAGUUUGCCAUGAUUCUUUUCACGUGUCAAAUAGUUUUCUUUUGUACAUAUUUAAUCAGUUUUCCGACAUGGGUUGAGUUAUUGUUCUCUGAAAUGGCUCUCUUUCUAAAAGAAAUCAACUGUGGAUGUUGGUUUAUCUGGGAAAACAAAAAGAAAGCAUAAGGAUGGUCAUCUGAAAUCUAAAAUGAUUCUUUUUUUUUAAUUGGAUAGGGCUUAAUCAAAUUAAUUAAAAUGCGAUAAUCACAGAUAUUCAAAGAGAGAACUUUGAUAACUAUUUCUUUGGCAAAUGAUUCUGUCCCAAUUUUUUAUGUAAAAUCUUCCAUUUUUAUUCAUUCCUCAUCCUUGUUUUCCAGCAUCCACAAUCUCUGGAAAACAAUAAAAAUCGCACAGCUUACUGUUUAAUUUUGAAACAGUCUCAGAAACUGCAGCGUGCGUUUUCUUUCCACAUGUUCACCUCGAGAUUGUUCAGUGCUGUACAUGAAAAGGUAGCAAGUAUUCGUUCGAAGGUUGAAAGUCAGAGCCAACACUCAAAGGUUUGUUGUUUCUUUUAGGGUUUUUUUUUUUUCCACAAGAAUAUGCAGAAGAAUUGCAAAAAAAUCUGACAAUCAUCAGGGUUUUUGUAGAGAAUCAUGAUUGGAGUUCCCUGGCAGAUAAAACAGUUUAAAAAAAUAUCACAGUUGGGUUUCUGUCCCCCGCUUUCUCUGGUUUUCAAAAUAAAGAUGAUUUACUAUAUGCA